AGAUUUUGUUUGGGCGGUGAGAAAAUAUGAUAUGGUUUUGUGGAAAGAGAAUAAGAUGAACGUCCUUGUAGGGUUUUGUUCCUACUAUUAAUUGGAUGCUGUUGGAAUUCAAGUAUCACAUGUGUAUAUGUAUUCUUGCUGAAUUUUUCUUUGUUUAGAGAAGAAAAUUUGGAGAGAAAUCAUUUAAGGUUUUCUGAAAUUUGUGGGGGUGAUUGACGAUUUUUCUUGUCUUUCUCCGGCUCUCAACGAACAGACCAGCUUUCAUUGCCCGUGUUUCUAGUUUUCAUCCAGCAAAGUACAUGGUUGAACUUGAUCUCCAGAUUCCAUCUGCUUUUGAUCCAUUUGCUGAGGCCAAGGACUCAGGGGCGCCUGGGGCAAAAGAGUAUGUACACAUUCGUAUACAGCAGAGGAAUGGAAAGAAGAGCCUGACUACUGUCCAAGGACUGAAGAAGGAUUACAGUUACGAGAAGAUCCUCAAGGAUCUCAAGAAGGAGUUCUGCUGCAAUGGGAAUGUUGUGCAGGACAAAGAGCUUGGCAAGGUUAUUCAACUGCAAGGUGAUCAGCGAAAGAACGUGUCCAAUUUUCUUGUCCAGGCUGGGCUUGUGAAGAAGGAGCAGAUCAAGAUACAUGGUUUUUGAGGAAUUGGGAUAGUUGUAAUUGUAGAGGUGCUUUAGGGUGGGUCAGCUGAGGAGUAGUGGCUUGUUAUAAUAACAGCUGGUCUGCACCUGAUAAAAAGAGUAGUAGUUUGUCAUCCUUGUAAGGUGUUUUCUCUGCAUGUUCUCCCUGCCAAAAGGAUUUAGUUUGUGUUUGCUGGUAUUAUUUCAAUUGGAUGUACUGGAUUUACCUUAUAUAUAAUGAUAAUGAUAAUGGAUGGUUUCAUUCUAA